AUGACAGUGAUCAUGAAUAAAAAUUCCACAAUAAAAUUCCAUGAACUUCACUACAUUGUAGUAUUGACACUUAUUAUUAGCAUUAUUUUACCUACAGUCUUCAGUGAACAAGGUUUUAAUUGGGAUAUAACUUAUUUAUUAAAUCGUCGUUAUGAUAUAGCACGUGCAGAUGAAGAUUUUCCUAUUAAAAUUCAAAAACCUUCAGGUGAUGUUUUAUACAGUGUACCAGCAUUACGUUUAUUUCCACAAUCACAAUUACCAAAUGAAACAUUUUUUAUUCAUUUAAUAUUUAAACCAAAUAAAACAGCUAUUCAACAUGGAUUAUAUUUAUUCAGUAUACGUGAUCCAGAUAAUGUGUUAAGACUUGGAUUGAGAAUUGUUGAAUACACUACCUAUCAGAUAAUUUUCACAUAUAAUCCAUUAUCAUUUGAUGGUAAUUCAAAAGAAGUGGAAUUCUCCAUUCCAUGGAAUGAUGAUUAUUGGCAUUUGGGAAUAUUAAUUAAACCAGAUAAAAUUGACUUCUAUACAUCAUGUGAAGAAACUCAAAGAAUCGCUUAUCAUUUCUAUCCAAUUCAAGGUUUACUAGGUGAACCAUUGUUUCGCAAAGGUGCAACAUUUUAUGCACUUAACAGUGGUUUAAGGAAUGCAUCCGAAUACUUUGAGGGAUAUUUAAAAGCUUUCAGUUUUCAUUCAGAUGAAAAUGCUGUUCAAUAUAUGUGUACCAAAUCGGAAACUUAUGAAGGAAGUGGUGAUGCAGACCGUCUUAAAUAUGAUCCGGAAUUUGGAAAUAUAUUAAUUACAAGUUCAAUACAAGACGAUGAAGAGCAUCCUGAAGAAAUGGAUCUAAUUUCUUCUGAUAAAAUCGAUAAAAUAACAAACGCCAGUUCAUGUGAAUGUAUUGAAGAUUUAUUCCGACGAGGUCUUCUGAGGUUGAAAGGAGAAAAGGGAGAUCGUGGUGAUGCAGGACCUAUGGGACCUGCAGGACCACCUGGAACAUGUCCUGCAACCUGUGGAUCUAAUCAAACGACGGUUAUACAGGGACCUAAAGGUGAUCCCGGUCCGCCUGGAUUUUGUAGCAUUGAACAGUGCAAAGAAGCUGCAAUACCUGGACCUCAAGGACCUCCAGGAGAAAAAGGAGAAAAAGGUGAUCCAGGCGAAAUAGAUCUUACAAAUGAACAAUCAGUUUCAGUUAUUAAACAAGCUAUUCAAGAUUUUAUAUUACAACCGGAAAUUCAAAAACAAUUUCGUGGUCCUAAAGGUGAUCCAGGUGAAUGUUCAUGUUUAAGUGAUGCAGCGGAUAGUAGCUCUUCAUUGAAAAAAAAUUCAAAUCAUGAUUUAAAUGGUUCUAAAAAUAAUUACAACACUUACAAUGGUAAUAAUAAUAAUAAUAACAAUAAUGGUGAAAUUACUGGUUUUGGUGCAAUGGUCUUAAAUACUGAAAAGGAUUUAAGUAAAGUAUCACAUACUUUCCCAGUGGGUACAAUGGCUUAUAUCAAAGAAGCUGAUAUAUUUUAUUUAAAAACAAUUGAACAAACUAAUACAUGGCGUAUUAUCAGUUUGCUGUCUAAAGCAGAUGCAGUUAAUUUACCGAUUCCAAAACCUACACCAACUCCUGCUUUAGAACCACAACAUUAUCCAGUUCAUAAAGGGAAAAAGCUUUAUCUAAUUGCACAAAAUGAACCAUUACGUGGUGAUUUGAAGUAUGCUGAUCGAAUGACUGGUGCACAUGCUGGUUCAAUUUUCGCAUGUCAACGUGCAGCAAAUCUCAAAGGUCUCGGUAGAGCAUUCUAUCCAUUACUUAGUACAGAUGUGUUCAAUAUGGAUUAUGUUGUACCACCAACAUACAGAUAUGGUGUUCCUUUAGUUAAUUUAUACGGCGAAGUUCUGUUUGAUGAUUUUAUGAGUCUUGUUGAAGGACGUUCAAGGCCACAAUCAAAAUUGUUAAAUUUUGACGGUGUUGAUAUAACAGAUGACAUUGUUGCACCAUGUUUAUGGAUUGGUCAAAAACCAAUUUAUUUAAAUGGUGAUUAUGAAUAUGCAGCUCAAUCAAAAUGUCGUAAUUGGCAAUCAACUUAUCCAGGUGAAAAUGGUCUAGCUGUCUCAUUACCAAUUGUUGACAAUGCACCAGGUUUAUUUUCAAAACAAAAUUUUCAAUUAAUAUCAUGUUCAAAAUUUUGUCGAGUGUUAUGUAUACAAAUCACACCAUCUGAUGUGUAA